UGAAUCGCGCCGUUCACUCACGCUUUUCGCGAGGCGCGACCGCCGUUCGCCGCCUAGAGAAUUUUUCUGCCCGACGGCUGGCAACCUGGGAUAUCGAUUGUCAUUAUUUAUAUCGUACGUUUCCUCUUCAGUCAUCGAUUCACUUUUUACAUUUUACAUUUUUACAGUAAUGAGAGAGUUAAGUUUUUCCCACGGGCGUAUGGUACUCUAAGUUAGCCCCCACAUGUGUGAUCAUAGGUGUUGUUGAAGGGGAGUCGAGUGUGUGAAGAGAAUGACGGAUAGCCAGCAGCAGUUUUGCUUGCGGUGGAAUAACUUUCAGGCGAACAUCACGAGCCAGUUCGAGGCGCUGCGAGAUGACGAGGACUUCGUCGACGUUACCUUCGCGUGCGACGGUAGGCGACUCCAGGCGCACAAGGUCGUCCUUUCCGCGUGCAGCCCUUACUUCAAGGAGUUGUUCAAGACCAAUCCCUGCAAGCAUCCGAUAAUUUUUAUGCGGGAUGUCGAAUUCGAACAUUUACAAUCACUAUUGGAAUUUAUGUACGCUGGAGAGGUAAAUAUUUCGCAAGCAGAGUUACCUACAUUUCUACGUACUGCUGAAUCUCUUCAAAUACGUGGCCUCACCGACUCCCAAAGUAAUCAGCACAACAACGAAAAGCAUUUGAAGACAAAUAACAUCCAUGCAUCAAAUGGCCGUGAUCUGAUCUCGCCAAGCUUUGACGAUGAACGCAGUAAAACUCCACCACCUUCAAGCCCUCCACCACUAAAAAGGCUGUGUAAAAGAAGUGAUUCACCUCCAGUUUCUAGUCCAGUACCCACUGUGCCGCCUUGUGCUACCAUUGCACCACGUUCGCGCCCACUUAUCGAGCCUCAAGUUCAGCUCGAUUGUUACAAAGAUCUCGAUAUCGUUGAGCCAAAAAUAGAAUUACCUGAAUAUGGCAGUGAUGACGAUUGCUCACCUAAACCGGAAGCUAAUACAUUACCCAGUGGAUUUCUCAGCUUGGAUAGUGGUAUGGAAGUGUUACCAUCUUAUCCACCAUCUUAUCAAGGAAACCAGAACGUAGAAGGAGGAAUGCCAGGUCCAUCACAUGGGAGUACAGAAUUGAAUCAAGAACAGCAAGCGCGAAGAGUACGUCGUGGUAGGCCACGACUCGGAACCAGAGGUGGCAAACACUCGUCGCCGUCCGUUCACAGAAACUCACCCUCCAGGAGCGACUGGCUUGGACCUUUGGACAUGAGGACUACCCCGCCAGCCGCGAUGCCUGCCUUCCGUGGAUUCGAGGAGUCUUCAUCGGAUGGCGUGGUCCACUUAGGUGAGGGUAUAGCUGUAUGCGAGGAACAACUAAGGGCCGUCAAGUGGAGUGACUAUCGCAAGUUGACGCGUGGAUUAGCCGCGAUAUUAUUCAGCCCGACGGAGUUGGCGACGUGCUCUGUUACUGGUCAACGUUGGAGCCGUGCCGGCACGGCUACCGAACGUCCUGUGAAACCUGCUCUUGACAAGGCUAAGGUUCAAGCUAUUAUAACUUACGUAACGUCAAGGUUUCCGUCAGUAGACGUCAGCAGCGUGAAACAGGUUUUGGCGUAUAAGUGCAAAGAGAACUCCACCGCCCUCAAGAUGAAGUCUAUACGAUACAUAUGCGAUAGACAGGACACGGACACGUCACCGCGGGGUGAGUCUGAGGACAAGUGAGAGGGGGUCCAGGGUGCGUGUAGGGUGCAGCCCGCCCCUCAAUUUCGUAGCGUCCUCCCGCACCCUCCAUCUGAUAUGGUCCACUCGUCGCAGCGCUCCCGGGUCCAGCGAGGCCACAGCGAUCAUUGUAACAAUAAUAGUAACAAGCAGUGUGUCGAUGGACGUUUACGGCGCAACCACGAGGAAGGGCACAGAGGCAACUCGUCUCUCACGUCAUCCACGCAGGCAGGUCUUGAAAAGUUGAUGCCUCUGCACACGCUUCACGGCGUAUUUCAUUCCACCCUACGAACGGCGACGGCUUCAUAUAUUUAAUUGUUGGUUUAGCCAGCUGCAUCGAUCGAAAUCUAAUCCUAGAAGGGUAGAAAAAGAAGCGGAAAUAUUACGGAUCGUUUCGAUAUACGGUCUAAACGUUAAAUAUUCAACGUUCAUUAACUUUUCUUUAUCUCUUUUUUUUUUUGCCGUGAACAUUUCCAGAUUUUCAUGGUAGGAACGAUCGACUUUUUUCUCGCACGUUCUAAAAAGAAAGAGAUUAACAUGCUUAUAAAUAUAAAAGAUACACCGGAAACGCAGUUUGUGAAGCACAAGCACGGUAGAUAAAUACAUUGAAUAGAGUGUUUGAUAAGUUCGUAAAAUAGUAGAAAUGCGUUGUUUUGAGAGUAGAAAAGUUAAGGGUGGAAAUGAGUGAUUCAUCGAUUAUAUCGUAGCAAAAUUAAUCGUAUUAUAUGGGAUCUUAAAUUGUUUGGUACUCCGAAUAUACACGAGUAUACAGAGUAUAUCAUUUUUGGAAGCUGCUGGUUGCUUCGUAGUGAUUAAAAUUAUUCAUAUUUACAAAUCGCUACUAACAGCUUUAGAAAAUUUGAUAUACUUGAGUAGAAUAAAAAAAAGAAACGUCAAAUAUCGGGCUUACUUAGGGUAUACAUUCAAAUGUCCGUAUCGCGAAUUUAUCGGGGCGAAGCAUUAUCCCUAUCGUGAACUUUUUCCUUAGUUUCUAUUUUCAUUUUAACGACGACAACGUCACAGUGUGCUAUGCUUUUUACUCGUUUUUUUUCACUCUUUAACGUGAACAUUUGUAAAAUGGAAAUAGUGAAAGAGCAGCGCAAGAGGAGAAACGUUCAUUUCAUGGGCAUUCAUCUGGUUCGCAAUACGGACAUCUGAUUGUAAAUGAAGAAUUUAAAAAGAAAAACGAGUUAACGAGUUAACGAGACACGAUGAAGGAUUAUUACAUGGCUGCGUUUUUGCCGGA